AUGCGUGGCAAGCGACAACAGUAUGAGAUCUGCGUCGAGCCCGUAUAUGCAGUGCGAUACGUAGUGGGCUUUACCUCCAGCGCUGGCUUCAUUGUGGCGCUGAGCUUUGUUGUUUCUAAUGUAUUCCGCGAUUUUGUGUUCACCCUCUCCCGGCACAUCGGAUCCGCUGACAACGAUCUUAAUGUCCUUCCAUGCUUUGUGGUCGUUAAUCAUCAUAUUCGCGAAGAAUUGCAACCUGACGGAGAGUCUUUCCAUGAAAGGGGUGCCCGGUGUGAUUUGAAUUGGGUCAAAUUUAAAGGCCUCGCCACCCUCGGUGGCCUUCGGCUGUGCAUCGUCGCAGCCAAGCUCCUCUUGCACUGCCUUGAAGACGACGUCAUUGUGCUUGCUGUCUCUGGCGCUCCUGAAGCGGCGUUCACGCUGUUGCAUGAUCUUCGCUCGGGGAGCGACACCAUCAACGGCCAGGUAGAGCAGCUUCCGGGGACGUACGAUCUUCACCAGGCUGUUGAUGUACUGGAAGAUCAGCACGAAGAUGUCUUCCUCGCAACGGAUGCCCUGGCAUAG